GCCCUAACAAAUGACUCUGCAUGCCACAGGUUGGCCAUCAGGGCUCUAGUCAAAAGAUUCUGAAAGCUGCUAAGAUCCAGGAAUAUAAGAAUGUCAGUUCUUAUACUCAGUGCCUCAUAAUGCUCAGAAUUCCCUUUGUAUCUUUAUAAUUCACAUAAUUUUGUAAAACUAGACUGACAGGUUCACCUCCACCUUGAUAUGUCUUUUUUUUUAAAAUUGAGUCAUUAAGAUGACUCAAUUAUUAAGAUGACUCAAUUAUUAAGAUGACUCAAUUGAGUCAUUAAGAUGACCAGCAGAUUUGCACCAACAAAUACUGGACAGGGAAAAGAAGGAAAAUUGAUGAAAGCAAGACUGCAUUGUAUCUGAGUCUCAAUGCAUUUUGAGGAGCUACCUCUUGGUCAGCGGGUUGAAAAAAAUAAUGACAUGCUCAUUACACCGUAACUUACAAGUCUGAGUAGAAUACACACUACAUGAAAAAAUGGACGUAUGUAUAAAACGUAUGUACAAAGCAACUGCAAAGACACAGGCUCUAUAAAAAGAUGGGGUAGCAACACCUACAAUGCUCGAACAACUGAGCAGCUCUGAAUAUUUCCUUGCCAAAACAAUGAUAAUAGUAAUAUAUGGAGCGCGAGAAGCAAGCUCCAGCCUCAUCCAUCAGAAAGACGCUUUCAGACGCAAAAUAAAAUAAAAUGCAAGCGGUGAAGCGAGUCGCCUUGUUAGCGGAGCCGAUUAGGCAUUUUCUCCCUCAAAACGGCGGCUGCCCUGACCACCCCGCGAGAAGCCUCUCCGCAGAGUGCUAACCGCGGCAGACGCUUCCCUUCCUCCUCGUAAACAAACGCGGCCGCCCGUCUCCAACUCCUCCCUCUCCCCGCUUCUCCCUCGGGAAGCCCAAGCCACCUGGCAUCGCGCCUGCGCUUCACCUCCGAGCCCCAGCAGAGUCCCUGGGCGUGUGAACGCGGACAGGUGGCCUGGCUCUUGGUUUCCCCGACCCUCUCCCUUCUCCCUCUCUUCUAACGCGGCCCCCGCACCGGAAAGCCAUCUAGCUCCUUAGAGGCAAACUGACGACAGCGGAAGCCUAAUCCCACUGUUUGGGCUGGGCUGGAGCUAGCUGUCUCUCCGCCCUGAGGGUUGCGCCCGAGAGGUGGGUCAGUCUCUGGCCAGCUGGGCGCCGGGGCCACAGUCUCCGCUCGGCGUGCUCUGAGCCGGAGGGGACCCCGCAGCUGCCCGUCGCCGCCCGACUCGCCGGGAGAGGCCGCCAGGCGCCUGAAGAGUGCGGGCAGGUGCGGGGAGAGCGUUGCGCGGCGGCGGCGACCAUGUCUGCGCGCUGCUGUGCCGGCCAGUUGGCCUGUUGCUGUGGUACUGCUGGAUGUUCCCUUUGCUGCAGCUGUUUCCCAAAGAUAAAACAAUCGACCAGCACCCGCUUUAUGUAUGCCUUGUACUUCAUCUUGGUGGCUCUCAUCUCUUGCAUCAUGAUGUCAGAAACCGUAGCAAAACAAAUGAAAGAACAUAUUUAUUUUUAUGAAACAGUAUGUCAACAUAUUCAAGCAGGUGACUCCUGUGAGAAGCUGGUGGGCUACUCUGCGGUUUAUCGAGUAUGUUUUGGAACAGCGUGUUUCUUUUUCAUCUUCUUUUUACUCACAAUUAACAUCAACAAUAGCAAAACCUGUCGUGCCUACAUCCACAAUGGAUUUUGGUUUAUUAAACUUCUCAUCUUGGCAGGAAUGUGUUCAGGAGCCUUUUUCAUUCCCGAUCAAGAUACCUUUCUUAAAGCAUGGCGUUAUGUUGGUGCAACAGGAGGCUUCCUCUUCAUCAUCAUUCAGCUUAUCCUCCUUGUAGAAUUUGCACACAAAUGGAAUAAAAACUGGACAUCUGGUACAAAGCACAAUCAACUUUGGUACGGCUCCUUAGCUCUUGUAACUCUCGUAUUGUAUUCCGUGGCUGUUGGAGCUCUAGCUGUGAUGGCUGUCUUUUAUACCAGUGCUGAUGGCUGUACAUUUAACAAGAUCCUGCUUGGCAUCAAUGGCGGCUUGUGCUUGCUUAUUUCAAUGGUAGCCAUUUCACCUUGUGUCCAAAACCGUCAGCCUCAUUCUGGCUUGUUGCAGUCAGGUAUUAUCAGCUGCUAUGUCAUGUACCUCACUUUCUCAUCCCUUUCAAGCAAACCUCCAGAAAUCGUCCUAGAUGAGAAUCAAAAUAAUAAAACAAUCUGUGCGCCUGACUUUGGCCAAGGGCUGCAAACAGAUGAAAAUUUGGUGACUGGGCUGGGAACUACAAUUUUAUUCUGUUGUAUUUUAUAUUCUUGUUUGACCUCAACAACACGAGCAAGCUCUGAAGCACUCAGAGGGAUAUAUGUUACACCUGAAACUGAAAUAGCUCGCUGCUGUUUCUGCUGUGCUCCUGAUGGAGUUGCUGAAGUUGAAGAGCAUAUUGGGAGAAAAGGCGGUCAGAGAGUAAUUUAUGAUGAAAAGAAAGGAACAGUAUACAGCUAUGCUUAUUUCCACUUUGUAUUCUUCCUGGCGUCUCUUUACGUGAUGAUGACUGUUACCCAUUGGUUCCAUUACGAAAAUGCUGCAAUUGAAAAAUUCUUCGUUGGAACCUGGUCCAUUUUCUGGAUUAAAAUGGCUUCUUGCUGGGUGUGUGUCCUUCUCUACCUAUGGACACUCCUAGCACCUCUCUGCUGCCCAACCAGAGGAUUCUACGUUUGAAACUGCUUCUGUUAUAACUCCAUUGAUUUAAUAAAUCACAAAGUUAUCUGUAUAAUCAUUUUCCUAACGUUGAUGGUUAGGACAGUGUUUCUCUCAUGGAACACUUACAUUUUGAGACAGUUUUUUUAAAAAUAUUUUUAUUAUUAUUAUCAGAAUUUCAAGGACACUGAAAAAAACAUAACUUAGUUCAAUAUGGCAAAUCAGCUGGAUCUUAAAUAUAUGCGCAUAUGUGUUUGGUAUUCUAUAAUAAGCAAUACACAACCCUUUUAUUUAGAUUUAUGAAAAAGAGUUUAACACUUCACUAGAUGAAAUGUCACAUUUGGUGGGAAGAGUAUGAGGUCAGGAAGGUUUUUAUUCUGUAAUAGAUCUCAUAGUAAAUUAUUACAAAUCUGGAUUGUGAAUGAGAAAGAUUUGUGGGUAUAAAAAUAUUUAUUUAUAUUAAUGAAAAGCACCUUUUAUGAAUUAGUUGGGUGACAAAACAUGGAACCUGAAAAUUUGACUGGGAUGUGCAACACUGUAAAUGUUGGUGCAAUUAAUUAACUGUUAUGAGCCACUGUGGGGAGUAUAUGCAUUUAUCAAAGUAUUCAGUUAUGAAUAGUGGACAACAAAAUAAGAAUUCUAUCUUAUCAAAGAAUAUUUUUAAUAGGCCUGUGAAUUUUUUUUCUUUUAUCUUUCCUGCAUCUCUUCCGUUUCAUCCUUAAAUGCCAUAUAUUUCAAUGCACUCAUAUUUAAAUUCAGUAGUAGAUAAAUUAGGAAAAAGCAGUUGAAUUCAAAGUAAUUUUAUUAUCAUAGCUUGAACUGUAUUUUCAGUGGUAAUAAAGAUUUUUCAUUUCCAAUUCCUAAUUUGGCAUAAGAGUUUUUUUCCCAUGCCUAUCAAGUUUCAUUUGGAGAUUCCAGUCCAAACAUGCUUCUUAAUCAGGAAGCAAGAACCGUGAAAUACACCAGAACUAGGUUCAGAUUAAACAUAUUUAGGAUUACACUGCAAUCGUAAAUUUAAAAAUUAGCUUACGAAGAAACAGGCAUUACUACUUUCUUUUGAUUUAUCUGUGGAAGCUCAAUUCCCAUGUGCUGGAAAAGUUAGACUAGAAUUAGUAGGCUGAUGCUGUCUUGCUUUAUUUUUUUGUGAAUUACAUUAAUUACAACAGCUGCUUCCAUUUAAUAUUUCUGAUAAGUGGAAAACCAACCACGAUGAUAACGAAGUGCCUGUUUUCAACGCUAAGCAGAUUAAUGAAGUUGCAAUAUUUUAACAUCAGAAACUAAUAAUUUGUGUUACUAUUUUUAUUUACUGCAUUUUCAUGUUGGGAUAGUUCUUCAUAUGCAAUUCUUUUUUAAUUUUUUUAAAACUUUUGAUACAGUGUUGACCUUUUGUAAAUAUCCAGGGAUAUGUAUAUGUUACAGUUUUUACUUGCAUGCAAUGUAAGUCUGUAUUGGGGGAAGUUAAUGGUUGAGACUUUGAGAUGAAUCCAUAGUACAAGUCAAGCAACUGGUGUUUUUAAAGUGUUUUGUUGGAGUUUUCAAGAAUAAUUUCAUAUUCAAAAAUAUUAUAGCUGUAAUUCCUUGAUCAAUAAACUUGAGUUUGUUAAAAAUUUCAA